AUGUUUAGGGGGGGGUUUCUAGGGUUUCCAAUGGGGAGCACAGGUGAGCAUGAUCGAAAACGCCGUCACUUUAGCUCCCUAUCACCCACGGCUGCUACUGCUAAGAAGCAGCCCUUUUGCCCAUUUCUGAGGACAAAAAGGUGUGUGGGAAAUGAGUUUAUGCUAAGAGAUAAACUUGACAUUGCUGUCCUUCAAUAUCAAAAUCAAAAGCUAUUACAGAAGUUAGAGACUCAGAAGGUUGAGUACUCUGGUCUUGAGAAUAAAUUUUCUCAAAUGAAGGACAAACAAAAGCCAUAUGAUACCACAUUAUCAGUGGUCAAUAAGUCUUGGGAAGAGGUGGUUAAUGACUUGGAAUCAUGUUCCAUCCGUUCAAGAGAGUCGAGCUGUCAGCAGGAUGUUAAAGACAAGUCAAUCAUGGAUGAUGGGGCUCCAUCUGCGUUGCAGGAUGCUUUUCUUAUCCGCCUUGCACAAGCAGGUGCAACUGAAAGUUCAUGUACAUAUAACAUUUCUAAUCAGAUGGAAGAAGGUAGAGGAACUACCUUUGAAAAGACCAAGAAUAUAAUAGGUAAUGUCAUAGCUGCAAUUGACCACCAGUGGCAUGUGAAGGAUGCAUUGCAUGAUGCACUAUUGAAAGAGCUUCCAGAAGAAGGCACAAGUAGGCAGAAGACAUCAAGUGACUUUAAAAAUGAAGUUAAGAACUUGAGAUUGGCAUUUAGCGAUAUGUUUGUGAAGCACAAAUUGCUGGCAAGGGAACUGCAGAGCCACCGUGACAUGGAUGCAAAGAAUAAAGCUGAACUUAGACGUUUAAAAGGGGAGUUGGAAGCUGCAGUUAGUGAAUUAGCGGAUAGUAAUUGUCAACUAGCAACUCUUAAGGCAGUGAGUGAUGCUGCAAAGGGGCAGUUUUCCCAGUCCUAA